AUGGCUAGUGGGCUUGAAACUAUUGCUGUCAAAAUAAACAAUGUAACUAUGGAAGAGCUAUUUCCAAAAAAGACAUUUGCAACUCAUCUUUUUAGUACAGUAAUAGCAACUGCUGGCUUAGUAACAGUACGCUUUCUCAUAAGGUACACUCACUCAAACAGACUGAUACCAGCGAAAAUAUCAAAUAUGGAAUCAAAAUCGAGGGAAAUCCGACGAGCAUGUUGUGAGUUUCUUGAAUUAAUUCUUCGUCUUUGGCCCGCUCACACACUUGAAAAACAGGUUGCAAACCUGCAACAAGCUCUGAGGAAAGGAAUGUAUGAUGCAGACAGUGAAGCUCGGCAGUGUUCCCGUAGGGCUUUCUGGCAUUUCCGGCUCCAUUUUCAUGAAAAUGCUGAGCAGAUAUUAAACUCACUGGAUAGUACACAUAAGAAAGCUCUUAAUCUUGAAAUGGGAAUGUCAAAUUCAAACAAUAUAGCAGACCAGCAAGGAGGAAGAGGAGGUAGGCUGGCAGCUGGAAGUGACUUUCCAAGAGGUCGAACUGUUGCAGCUCCCAGUGCAGCCAGUUGUUUUCUACCACACAUGGUACACGUAUUUCGUGUGGACUCCUUUCAGACAUCUCUGUGUGAACUAGCAGCAUUUCAUCUGACAGUGUCUGAUAAGUACUCAGAUGUGAUAUGUUUCAUUUAUCAAAUGAGUGAUGAUCCACUUUCCAGCAUUUUAAUCAUUUCAUUUUCUGUUGAAUCAAGUAGUCUUCCGAAAUCUUCCUUACUUGGUGUGUACUGCAAAUAUGAUUGUCAUUUGAGGGAGUUAAAUUGUAUGACGUUGGGCUCUGAUAUGCUGCAUCAUUGUUUAAGCCAGUUGUCACAACCCAUCUGUGUGGAAUGUUGCCAAAUACCAGACAUGAAUAAAGUGCUGACCAUUUUUCAUACACUAAAUAUCCCGGAGACGCUAGAAAGCUACAGAACACAAAAACUACAGCUGGAUGUAAUUCAGAAUCAAAAAAUUGACAGUGAACAUCCAAAACUGUAUGUUUCCAGUACUGUGCAUUCUGAUAUUGUAUUUUUCCUUGUUGGAGUCUCAUUGUUGUGUGAUUCACUAAAUGUGAUACUUGCAGAUGGUAACCAGGAAACAUUCCAUUUAUCUCGAAAAGCUUUAAACGGAUCACCACGUCGAGGUUCAGCUCCUGGCCCAUCAGCACUCCGGUCUAAUAGUGCUAUUGAUCUGCAGGCAGCCCAACGUGCCAAGGCAAGAGCACAGUAUGCUGCUUUAGCUCGACAUAAAGUAGGAUCUGGGGCGUCUCUUCCUCGGCCAGGAAAGAAAGCUGCAGACUCAUCUGGCAUGUCCACAAGUGUUAUAACAUCUCCAGAAAGAUUGGGCAGAACAAGGAGUCGGAUGUCAAAUGUAUCUCAGUCCCAACCUACAAGCCGCUCAGGGUCUCCGUCUUCCAGACUAAGUUAUGCUACCUUUUCAACUACAAACAGAGAAACAGGACAUGAUGGCAGACAAUGUAGACCAUCCGGCAUCCCUCUCUCGACAGGACCUAGUCGUGAAGCUAGCAGAGAGACUUCGCCAAGUCGUUACUCUUUAAAUCUACUUGAUCGCUCAUUUGGCUCAAAAUUGAGAGGGAGGUCUGGACAUAUUGGCAAUGUGAGUGAUCGCCAAGGACAGUCCCGACCAGUGAUGGCCCAAAAAAUAUUACAACAGAGUCGGGAAGCUGAGUCUGCACUAGCUGAUGCCUUGACAUUCGACUCAGUUGACGGAAAUGAAGUUGGCAGCCGAGUACCACUCAGCCGCAAGGCAUACAGAUCGUUUGAUGAUCAUUCAGAUGACAGUGAGACAUCCAGUGUGUGUUCAGAGCGAUCUCUUGAUUGCUACAGGAGGUCUGGUGAUAUGUUCUGUUCUAAUAAUGAGAUGGUGUGUAAUUUGCAAACUCGACGUAUAUGUGAUAGGUUACUUGAAGUCUAUGCAAAUUUGACUGAAAUUCUUUCAUUUCAUUAUAAUGAACAGUUUUUGUCAUUGGAGUGCGAUCCCCCCACCCACUACUUCCAUGCCCCAAUGUGUCAAGCAUGUUGCUCCAUAAAAGCGUAUCAAAAAUCUAAUUUGUUUUUGUUUUUGGAGUAUUUGGGUCGAAGCGAGCUUCGAGUAUCACCUUUUGGUACUCAGUGUCACGAGACACUUAACAGGGUUGUAUCUUUCAUCAUAACACACUACCACUACACCACCAGCAGUGUCACUGCCAUUAAUCAUUACUGCUUUGAAGAACCAUCUUCCAUGGCACACAGUUUUUUUAAAUCCAUUGAUGAUGCCACAACUUUAAGUGUCACAAUUUUAAAAUUUGACAGAAAUAAUAAAAAAGACCCAUUUGAGUAUACUUGUGCAGUCCUGUCACAGGUCUUCAGUAUGUUUCUGGAUACUCUAAAUGAACUAAUUCUAGCACAUAAAGAUGAUUUACAUGAUUGGAUAUACAUUCUGCUUACACGUCUCAUGAAUAAACUUGGUGGAGAUUUGCUGGGUUCAAUCCAAAAUAAAAUACACAAGUCAUUAUCUAUUGUAAGGGAAUCAUUUCCACUGGAACUCCAAAUGAAUGCAAUUAUAAGGUUCCUGGUUGAUCAGACUCAAACACCCAAUUCUAAAGUUAAAGUAGCUGUUCUUCAAUACUUGGCCCAGCUUGCAUCCUAUAUGGAUGCCUCAUCCUUUAACCCAGGUGCCCGAGAAGCAGCUGCAGCUUUAGCCAAAGUAAUCAGUUGGACAAAUGAUCAGAAAUCAGCUGAAAUCAGAAAAGCCGCUCAGAACGCUCUAAUUGCAUUAUUCAACCUGAAUACACCUCAGGUGACAAUGAUUUUGUCAUCACUGUCUCCAGAUUACCAGGAAACAGCAGCAAGCCUUGUAAAUAGCCAUGUAAGGCGCAGUAGCACAGGAAGUUCGCCCCCAUCACCAUCACCACAUGUUCAGUCUCCAGCAACUCCACAGUCUAGGCCUUCUCUGGAGAUGGAUGAGGGAAGUCUCAAUCCAGAAGAAGUGUACAGGUCACUCCACAGAACAACCACAGAAAUACAGAAUUAUAGUUUUGAUGGUGGCCUCAGUUCUGUGAAAAUGCUGGAUAAGGAACGAGAAACUACAUCACACGAUUCUGGCAUCAGUCAGAUGUCUUGCGGUAUGGAGAAAUUAGAAGAACAAAUGGAACAUCUUCUGUCAAUUAGUAGAGAACCUACAAAUUUGGAUGGCCAAGAUUCAGAUCAAGAUUACAAGAAUAUGCCAUCGGCAGCUCUAGUAGAAGAAAACUGUCAAAUUGUGCAGAAUGUUAUUGACACUUUAAAAGUUGAUGAUGAAGGAAAUGCAAAAGUAUCUGAGCAAGACAGUAAGAAAGCACUUUCUCAGUUAAAACACCUAAUAAAAUCUGGAGCUGUUGGUAUCAUAGUCUAUAAUUUCAAGGUUCUAUUAAGGGUUCUGGUAUCACAGUUGGCACUACCUCACUCUCCAGUGAAGACGUACAUUUUAAAUGUGCUACACGAUAUCAUCAAAGACCCAACUGUGAGACAUUGUUUUAAUAUGUACGUAGAGUUAAUCGUGCUGCGAACGCUAACAGCUUACAGUGACCCGUGUAAAGAGGUGUCGAAAGCAGCUGAGCACUGCAUUUCAGCUAUUGGAAAAUCACUGCCUCCUGAACAACUCAUUAAUGUAGUUUGUCCAUUGAUAAAAACAGGAGAUCUUCCAAUGAAUUUGGGAGCUAUAAAAAUAUUAACUCGGGUCAUUGAACACACUACGCAAGAUAUUUUAGAACCACAUCUGAAAGAAAUAAUGGAAAGUCUCGUCAAAGCAUAUGAUAACGAAGAAAGUUCUGUGAGGAAAUCUGCUGUAUUUUGUAUGGUUGAAUUACACGGUAUUGUUGGAGAGGCAGUUUUGCAACCGCAUUUAGCUAGCUUAAACAAUAGUAAGCUGAAACUUCUUCACCUGUAUAUCAAACGAUCGCACCAUGGUGGUUCGAGUGGCAUCACUUCACCAAAAACCACAACGUCGUGAAACUUUUAAUACUCGUUAAUUUUGGCUUUAAUGUAUUCUAUCAUUCCAGUGCUUGUCAAUUUUUUUAACGAAACAGAGUUUUCCAGUUAUUAAAGCCCAAAAAUAAACAGUA